AUGACGGUUGUAAAUUACAUGAGGAAUUAUGGGGAAGAUGUGAGUGAUGUCAAGAUCGUUGAGAAGAUUUUGAGAACACUUACUGAUAAAUGGAACUACAUUGUUUGUUCCAUUGAGGAAGCCAAGGACAUAGAUCAACUCUUUGCGGAUGCCUUGCAAAGUUCUCUGCUCUAUGAGUGCCAAGCAAAUUAUGCAAAUUUGGAUGAAUCGGAAGAGAUGGUGCUAAUGGCAUAUAUCGAUAUGUUUGGAGGUGAUCGAGACAAUAUAUGGUUUAUUGACUCUGGAUGUAGCAAUCACAUGUGUGGUGAUUCAUCUCUCUUCUGUGAUUUAGAAAAGGGGUUCAACGAGGUGGUAAGAUUGGGGAAUUAUGCAAGCAUGAAUGUUGUUGGAAAGGAAAGUGUUCAAUUGACCGUAAAAGGAGUGAAUCAUCUUGUACGAGAUGUGUAUUAUGUACCGGGGUUGAAGAAUAAUCUUCUCAGUGUUGGGCAGCUGCAAGAAAGGGGUUUGGCUGUACUGAUGCGGUCAAAUAUGUGUCGGAUUUAUCACCACACAAAGGGAUUGAUUUUCAAAACUACCAUGGAUGCCAAUUGA